UGGUGAGGCGAUACAGGGAACAAAAAUGUCUUCUAUAGAAAUAGUGGAUUUAUGCAAUAGUGAUGAUGACGAAGUGGAAAAUGUAGGUUCCGAACCUGCAAAGAAACUAAUUGAAAUCAAGAAGGAAACAUGCCAAGUAACGGAGAAUAUAAUACAAGUAGCGUCUGAAGGAAAUAGAAGCUCUAGUGCUCUAAGCACUUGUCAUAGCUAUUCCACUCGUCAAAUGGAAGAAAUGGUAGCGCCGUUGUAUGUUGACGUUGAUGACACAACUGGUCUUUCUCUGCCACCAUUUUGUAGAAACUUCUGGAGAGCUGGAUACCAUCAUGAUAAUAAUGGCCUUUCUUCUAAACUCAACUUCCCAAAUACUGGAAACUACUUGCAUGUUCACCCUUUCUUCCUUCACUCAAAUGCAACUUCACAUAAGUGGGUAUUUGGUGCUAUUGCUGAGCUUAUCGAUAAUGCAGUUGAUGAGAUCCAAAAUGGGGCUACUUUUGUCUUUGUAGAUAAAAUUUUAAAUCCAAAAGAUGGAAGUCCAGCGUUGUUGAUUAGAGACGAUGGUGGUGGAAUGGAUCCAGAAGCAAUGCGUCAAUGCAUGAGUUUUGGAUUUUCAAACAAGUCAAAAAUUGCAAUUGGACAGUAUGGAAAUGGCUUCAAGACUGGUAGUAUGAGACUGGGUGCAGAUGUCAUUGUCUUCAGCCGCCACCAGAAUAAUAUGAAAUUGACUCAAAGCAUUGGACUUCUGUCUUAUACAUACUUGAUGCAAACACAGCAAGACAGAGUUGUAGUCCCCAUGGUGAAUUAUAAGUUUGAUACAUCAACUGGAUACUUGGAAAGACUAAAUGACGGAGAGCAUUUUAGGUCGAAUUUGUCCAUACUGUUGCACUGGUCUCCAUAUCUAUCAGAAGAAGAACUUCUGAAACUAUUUGAUGACAUUGGAAAUCAUGGUACUAAAAUUAUUAUCUUCAAUUUAUGGUUCAAUGAUGAUGGCAAUUUGGAGCUAGACUUUAAUUCUGAUCCCGAGGAUAUUCAUAUUGUCGGGGAUAUCAAGAAGAUUGACACACAUUCUGCCUCAAAGAUAGUAAAUGAGGGACACAUUGCUAACCGUUUUCAUUAUUCUUUACAUGCUUACUUGUCCAUAUUGUACUUGCGGAUACCAGAAAGUUUUAGAAUGAUAUUGCGAGGGCAAGUUGUGAAGCUACAUAACAUUGCAGAUGAUCUCAAAUAUACUGAAUUUGUCUUGUAUAGACCACAGUGUGGUAGUUCUAAAGAGGGAGUAUCUGUAACAACAAUUGGAUUUGUUAAGGAAGCUCCUAAAGGGAACAUCCAUGGCUUCAAUGUAUAUCACAAAAAUCGGCUGAUACUGCCAUUUUGGAAGGUUGUAAACUAUACAAAUACUAGGGGUAGAGGAGUUGUUGGAAUCUUGCAAGCAGAUUAUCUUGAGCCAACUCAUAAUAAGCAGGAUUUUGAGAGAACUUCCCUGUUUCAAAAACUUGAACUACGCCUGAAGCAAAUGACAUGGGAGUACUGGGAUUAUCACUGUCAUCUGAUUGGGUAUUGUAAAAGAAGCACUGGAGAUCCAGGUGCUCCUCUUAAUAAAAGGAAGACACAUGGAUCUAUAGACCUUCAUAAGAUGAAAAGGCAAGCAAUGCAAGAAAAUGUUACAGUUGCUGGAUGUGAUCAGAAUGUACUGACAACUGCAUCUCCUACAGACCAGACGGUAGACCAAAGAAUUAUAAACUUGAUGGAAGUGCAGAAAAAACUCUUGAAAGAAUGUUUGAAAUAUGAAAAGGCAGAGGAAGAACUUAAUCUUAAGGUUACACAGCUUAGAAGAAAAACUCAGGAAGCUAAGCAUGAGUAUGAUACACUUAUGGCCGAAGUAAAGUCCCUUGGAUUAUAUUUAUGGGAAGAAAAUGGUAGUGUAGCUGUACCUCUUGUUUUUUAGAAAGGAUGCUGUGUGUAAAAUUAUAAAUAGUUUAGGCCAAUCUAUAUAGGUCGGGCCUGUUAUAUUGUAAGUAGAUAAAAGUGAUCCACAGGAACUCCCAAUAUCAUUGCAUUUUUCUUGAAAUGAUAUGUUCUUAAACAUCUGGAUUCUUAUUUGGCGAUAGGUAAAUGGUUGCCGAAGUUUAUGAAGGACAAAACUCGCAUGGCAUGGGGUUUGCUAUUUGCAACUCCCUUUUUACUCUUCA